AUGGAGGAUGUAUCUUGGAAACCCAAACGGGUGCACCACAUCGAGAAGAAAAGUGACAUACAUAGGAUGGAAACAAUUCAAUUCAGUUUUUACAGAAAUGAUAUCAGCAUGGGAAACUUACAUCCAGUGAACAAUCAUUUCCAGAACACACUGAGUUCUCUUGAGAAGGAGGAAGCUAGUGAAAAGCAGCAGCUGGUCGAGACUCACUUGGCGCGUGUGGAAGCUAUGCUGAACGACAAACGCCGCGUGGCUCUAGAGAAUUAUCUCUCAGCAUUGCAGGCCGACCCUCCUCGACCCCACCGCAUCCUUCAGGCGCUGAAACGCUACGUAAAAGCAGAAAACAAAGACAAACAACACACUAUUCGCCAUUACCAGCAUGUCCUUGACCUGGAUCCAGAGAAAGCUGCACAGAUGAAAUCCCAGGUAAUGACCCAUCUCCAUGUGAUUGAAGAGAGGAUGAACCAGAGUUUGUCCCUGCUUUACAAGGUCCCUUAUGUUGCUGAUGAAAUCCAAGAUGAAAUAGAUGAACUGUUCCAGGAACAGCAUGCUGAUAUGGAUCAGUUUACUUCAUCCUUCUCAGAGUCUCAGGGAGAUGUCCAAGUGAGUUCAGAAGAGAGUGAGGAAAAUCCAAUAAAAGAAGGCAUGCCCAUCCGGCCUAUACAGGUGAAAACCUUCCCUGCAAUUACAGAGUCUGAAGAAACGCAACGGGAUUCCUACCUUCCACUGAGAAAAGGCUCUGGCAUUGCUGAUAUGAACACACUCAUUGGAGCUGAAGAAAAACUCAUCAACAGCAAGAGCAAAGCAGAAAAGAAAGUGGUAAUUGAUGAAACCCUUGAUGUGAAGGAAAUGAUUUUCAGUGCAGAGAGAGUCAGUGGACUUGUGGAUGAGCCGGAUACAGAUGGAUCCCUGCGCAAUGAGUUCAGCUUCAGCAGUAGCACCCUCAUCAGUCUGCUUGUCAUUGCAGUUGCUAUAGCUACAGUGAUUGUCAUCAGCUUAGUGUUACUGCGAAAGAGGCAAUAUGGUACAAUCAGCCAUGGGAUUGUGGAGGUUGACCCGAUGUUAACUCCUGAGGAGCGUCACCUGAACAAGAUGCAGAAUCAUGGCUAUGAAAACCCUACAUACAAAUAUUUGGAGCAGAUGCAGAUUUGAAUGAUACGUUCUUGGGGGGGGGGGGAUUGGGGAUGGGAACAUGAGCCUAGGCAGGGUCUGAAAACUGGAGGGGCCAAAGAAAAUGCGGUGUAUUGCUUUUGGUUUGUCUGCAUUGAAGGUUUGCCUUUCACUUGGGGGCGCUCCUGGACUCUUUAAUAAUCACUUCCAAGAUUUUAAUUUUCCAUUGUUUUAAACGGGUGACAGAAUAGAGAUAAGAUUCUUCAGUAAAUAUUUUAUUGCUGAUCUUUUAAGGUGUAGGUUUUUUUUCUUGUUUUUUUGUUUGUUUUUUUAAACUAGGAAAAUAUCAUUUAGAUCACUUGUGUGUCUCUAACAAACUAUAUAAAUAUAUAUAAAUAUAUAUAUAUAUAAAUGGAAAAAUGUUAAUUUCUAUCUUUUUUCAGUAAAAUGCUUGUUGAUGCAGCAUCUUUCUAUCUUGCUGGCUUAUUUUAAAAAAAAUAAAAUAAAAAAAAUUGACUCUUCUGUGAAUAACUAGGGGGGAAAAAAACUGAUAUGUUGUGUUGCUCUAGAUUGCUAUUCCAGCAUUUUUAUGAUGGAUGAGAUUUAAAAUGUUAAUGUUUGAUGGUGUUAUUAACAGAGGUAGUUAACUCCUAUGUUUAUCUGUCUCGGUAAAUCAUAAAUCAUCGGUAUUUCAUGAACAGGGGUGAUGGAAAUUUUAGUUUUCUAUAAAUUAUGAAAAGAAAAGAAAGUUUUAAAGAGAUGUGAACUAUGCAGGGAUAAUUUUGUGGUGUUUUUAAAGGUGCAAUAAAUACACAUUUCUGUCGUGACCUACUUUAUAAUAAUUACAGAUUAGUAUCCGAAAUUAAUCUCAACAGCACAAAGGUGGGAAUAAAGACUUUAUUUACAACCUAAAUACAAAACAGUCUUGUAAAAUGGCUAAAUUACAUUUCCCCUCAAAACGUUUUAAAAACAUUAUACCGAUGAUUAAUGAUUUUCCAAGGCAUUAUAUAUUAAACAUAUUUUUGAUGUUAAUUUAAGAACUGUGCAACUAUCUUGUAAAAUAUUAGUUGCUUAAGAUCCUGUUUGGCAAUAUUUCUAAUGUGUACUACUGAUUAUAUUAUGGGUAUUGAACUGCCUGGACCACUGUUUGUUUUUCUCUAAUGAUCAUCAGAUCCUAAUAAAAACAAAAAAACAAUCUGAGUAUGAGAUAAUUAUCUAAUCCUGUUCUUGAAACCAAAUAGAUACAUUCCAUAAUUUACCAGUUUGCUUUUGCACUACUUCUACUACUGUAGAAGUCCUCAAUAUAUCCAAUGGAAAUCCUUAUUGAGGUAUUGCCUAACUUGCACCUUUUAAGAGAAUACAAUGUAGUUUAAAAAUGUGUAUAAUUAUUUAACAAAAGGUAUUUCCUGUUACAAUACAGAUUAUGCCUGACCAAGACUGUAAUCUGCAGUUUAAGCACCAAAUUAUCUUAUUGAUCGCAAGAACAAGGAAGGCUAUGUGACAUUUGCAUGACCUACAGACAUAGACUCGUAGUUCUCCACCUUGUGGCAUAUUUGCCGGAGCCAAUAAUUCACUGUGUGGUAGAUAUGGUAGAGGACAGAUGCAGAUGUUCUGCAAUCCAGCCUUUUGGGUAAUAUUUAGAAAAAGUAACUUUCCUAGACGACUCAAGGUUUUCUUGGAAUCCCCACCCUGUCUUUGUUAUGCUUGUAAAGUUGAUGUUGGCUAAAACUGCAUCUUCUCAGAUUUAAUUAUUUUAUAAAUUUUAAGGUUCUGGUAACCUGUGGUGUGCGUCUUACUAUAUUCUUUUAUUUUACUGUGAUGUUCUAAUUUUUUUUUUUUUUUACCCUCAUAACUUUUCGCACUAUGCACAGAUUCAACUUUAACCUGCAAGAUCCCUUUGUGUGUUCUGUGGGGAAUGUAAAAAUUUAAAAACACGUCAAUAAACACUAACUUCCAUAGAA